GCCCGAGUUGCUAAGUUGCUCACCUGCUCCGGACACUCACCUGCCCAUGCAUUCUGACCCCCUCCAGAUCCCUCGUUCUCUUCCUGCGUUUUCUUCUACUUUCCGGUCCAUUGCACUUGUCUCCUCAGUCCUGAAUCCUUUGUUUAUCGAUUGCCAGAGGCACCAGGAAGCGAACGCCUGCCUUGGGAAUCCCCAAUCUAUGGCUAUUGCCAGCUCCGCCCUCAAAGAGCGGUAACUGUCGGAUACCGCUUUCAUACGCCCGGCCUCGAGCCUGCCCCCCUCACCAUGGAGCUCGUGCAGAAAGAACAUGAGAGACUCGUAAAGAAGACCAACGCCGCUCAAGGCCUCAGGUCGGUACAAAACUCGAUCGAUCUAUUGCAAAACGCGCGGGACGCUAUUGCUGCAGAUCCGAGUCAAGCAUCAAUCAUCCUCGCCAAGCUACAGCAUCCGGUCAAAGCAUCCUUCGAUUCCAUCAAUGACAGUCUCAAAGAGACCCAUAGUGGCCUCAACAAAUACUCGAAGGCCUUGGACAAGCUAUUCAAAGACAGACCCCUCCCGAGCACGGAACAUGACCUCCUCUCAUCCCAGGAACACCUCAUCAACCGGGCCAUCGCGAUGCACCUGCUGAGGGAGGGGCAGUUCUCGGUGGCGGACACCUUCCUCUCCGAGAUGGCGGAAACGAAGGCGGCGGAGAAAAAGCAAGCCAACACGACAAACGCCACCGAAAAUGCCGCAUCCCUCCUCGACAUCGACGAGGUUCCAUCUGGCGAGGUGCACAAACAGUUCGCCACGAUGUACUACAUCCUCCACGAGUUGAAAGAGAAGAACAACCUGCUGCCCGCCAUACAAUGGGCCCGGGACAAUGACGAGGCGCUGGCGGCGCGGGGGAGCAACCUCGAGUUCGAGCUCUGUCGGCUGCAGUUCGUCUGGCUCUUCCACGGGUCCCACGAGCAGCAGGGUCCGACCCCGGCCGGACGACAGGCGGCUCUGGCAUACGCCCGCCGCGAGUUCCACGGCUUCCUGCCCCGGUACCUGCGCGAGGUGCAGCAGCUCAUGGGCGCGAUGGCCUUCUGCCCCAACCUGCAAGAUUCGCCCUACCGGAGCAUCUUCAGCAACCCCUCGGCAUGGUCCGACGUAGCACAUUCGUUCACGCGGGAGUUCUGCUCGCUGCUCGGCCUCUCCGCGGACUCGCCCUUAUACAUCGCCGCCACCGCCGGCGCAAUCGCCCUCCCAACCCUAUUGAAACUCCAGACCAUCAUGAAAGCCAAACGGACCGAGUGGACCACCGAGAACGAGCUACCGGUAAGAAUGCCCCGUGAAAAAAAGAAAAAGCCCCCGCAUACCGCGAGAAUUCUAAUAACGCUCACGCCCGGCAGGUCGAAAUCCCCCUCCCCCCAUCCUACCUCUUCCACUCCAUCUUCGUCUGUCCCGUUUCCAAGGAACAGACCACCGACGAGAAUCCACCCAUGAUGAUGCCCUGCGGGCACGUCAUUGCCGAGGAAUCCCU